AUGGAGUUCCCAAAUCAUCAUCACCACCAUCAUCAACAUCAUGAUGAUGAUAAUCAUGAUCAUCAAGACUGUGAUGUUCAUGAGGAUGGAUCUUCCUCUCUUAAGAAACUUGGGAGAGGGAAAAUAGAGAUCAAGAAGAUCGAGAACACGACCAAUCGACAAGUAACUUUCUGCAAAAGACGCAACGGUUUGCUCAAGAAAGCUUAUGAGCUCUCUGUUCUUUGUGAUGCCGAGGUUGCUCUUGUAAUCUUCUCAAGCCGCGGCCGUCUUUAUGAGUAUGCCAACAACAGUGUGAGGGCAACAAUUGACAGGUACAAGAAGGCUUCUUCUGACUCCACAAGUGCUGGAUCUGUCUCAGAAACUAACACUCAAUUCUAUCAACAAGAAGCUACUAAACUGCGUAGACAGAUCAAGGACAUUCAGAACUCCAACAGGCAUAUCCUUGGUGAGGCACUGAGCAACUUAACCCCCAAAGAACUCAAGAAUUUGGAGGGCAGACUUGACAAAGCUAUUAGCAGAAUCCGAUCCAAAAAGAAUGAGUUGUUGUUUGCUGAAAUAGAGCUAAUGCAGAAAAGGGAAAUAGAACUUCAAAAUGCCAACAUGUUUCUAAGAGCAAAGAUAGCAGAGAGUGAAAGGGUGGUUCAGGUGCAGCAACAAAUGAGUCUGAUGCCAGGAGGAUCGUCCGAUCAAGAUCAAUACCAUCAUCAUCAUCAUCAACAACAAAUGGCUAAUUCUCAGCCGUACGAUGCUCGUAACUUCCUUCCAGUUAACCUUCUUGAGCCCAACAUCAAUUACUCCCGCCAAGACCACUCCAAUACCUCUCUCCAUCUUCUAAACGGAUGCAUGUUGUUUUGGAAGGAUGAAAGUGAAGGAGAAGUAUGCAAGUUUUGUAAACUUUCCAAAUAUAAGGAAUAUAGCGAUAAACCCACUCACAUGGCAUGGCAUGCUUGUCAUGUUACUGAAGAAGGGAUAAUGUGUCAUCCUUCAAAUGGAGAGGCAUGUAAGACAUUCAACAACUACUAUCCAGAAUUUGCAAGAGAACAUUGUAAUAUCCGAUUGGGACUUUCUUCUGAUGGAUUUGCACCAUUUGGUCAAUUUGGAAAGCCUUAUUCGUGUUGA